AUCCUUCUUUGCUUUGCAAAGAAAACCUAGUCGGCUGGAUAGACUGCUUGCUAGACGGGGGCGGGGGGCACGAAACAUUUGCCAUCACACGAAAAAGGACACUUAUGGGAGGAGUCUGAGCGUCGACUGCAUAUCAUCGUUUGAGAACAACACGUCCGCAGGAUUUCGGGAUAAGUUUGCGCGGAGUUUCUUUGUGUUGGGGGAUAUUGCUGGUAACGAGGCGGGUACUUCAGCAUGGAUUGGGGCACAGAGCUGUGGGACCAAUGCGACACGAUCGAUAAGCACACGCAGUCCGGCCUGGAGCUGGUGGAGAAGUAUGUGAAGUUUGUGAAGGAGCGGACGGAGAUCGAGCAGCAGUACGCCAAGCAGCUGAGGAACCUGGUUAAGAAGUACGCGUCAAAGCGAGGCAAGGACGAUCAGGAGAACAGGUUCACCAACCACCAGUCCUUCCAGGACAUCCUGAACGAGAUGAACGACUACGCCGGGCAGCGAGAGGUCAUCGCUGAGAACAUGAUGGUCAGGAUCUGCUGCGAGCUGACAAAGUACCUACAGGAGCUGAAGCAGGAGCGCAAGUCGUAUCUACUGGAGGCAAAGAGAGCCCAGCAAAGCCUGGAAAACGGCUACAAGCAGCUGGAAAGCAGUAAGAAGCGCUUUGAGCGGGAGUGGCGGGAGGCGGAAAGGGCAGCCCAGUACGCAGAGAAGACGGACCAGGACAUCAACGCCACCAAAGCCGACGUGGAGAAGGCCAAGCAGCAGGCGCACCUGCGCACGCACCUAGCAGAGGAGUGCAAGAACGAGUACGCCUCCCAGCUGCAGAAGUUUAACAAGGAGCAGAACCAGUUCUACUACAGUAGCAUCCCACAGGUCUUCAACAAGCUGCAGGACAUGGAUGAGAGACGCGUCCGCCGGCUUGCGGAGGGAUACGCCCUGUUUGCUGACACAGAGAAGCAGGUGCUGCCUAUCAUCGGCAAGUGCCUGGAGGGCAUCACCAAGGCGUCCGGCAAUACUGACAGCAAGCAGGACUCGCUGACGCUCAUCGAGCAGCACAAGUCUGGCUUUGAGCGCCCAGGGGACCUGGAGUUCGAGGACUACAGCCAGGGCAUCAACCGUACCUCGUCGGAGAGUAGCCUGGGCACCCCCAAGGGCCCGCUGGAGCUGCUCGGCAAGAACAAGAACAAGCUGUGGCCGUUCAGUAAGAAGAGCAAGUUACCCUCCCCACCGCUCACGCCCGUCUCCUCGCCCUACGUCCCCGCAAACGGACCCCCCUCCCCCAAGUUCGCCCGGGACCCCCUGUCCUACUGUCUGAAGGAGAUCAAUAAGACAGUCAAACCCAGAAUGGCCUCCUUCCGGAGCCUCAAACGAGCGCCGACGGCCACCGAGGAUUUCACCCACCUGCCCCCAGAACAACGUAGGAAGAAGCUCCAGCGGAAGAUGGAUGACAUCGGCAAGGAGCUGCAGAAGGAGCAGGACCAGAGCGAGGCUCUGCUGAAGAUGAAGGACGUGUAUGAGAAGAACCCUCAGAUGGGAAAUCCAGACAGCCUGUCCCCCCAAAUAACACAGACCGCCCAGAACAUGGAGAGACUGCGAGGAGAGCUGGCCAAGUAUGAGUCGUGGCUGAUAGAGGCGGGGGGUCGUGGAGAGAGCGUGCGCUAUGCAAGCCAUCUGAACAACAACGGCGCCAUCAACAGGCCCAACAACGCUAACUCUAGGGAAGGCGACAUCCCCCAACCCAUCUACGCCGAAUUUGAGGACGACUUUGACGACGAGGAGCUCGACACACCCAUCGGCCAGUGCACGGCACUCUACAGCUUCCCAGGAUCCAGCGAGGGGACUCUAUCCAUGCAGGAAGGAGACGUGCUGAGCGUCGUGGAGGAAGACAAGGGUGAUGGUUGGACCCGGGUACGACGCAGCAACGGCGAUGAAGGAUACAUCCCCACCUCUUACGUCAAGAUCACCAUCCCUCAGUGAUUCACCCCCCCCCCAUAAAACACGAAGCAGUCUGUGAUGAAUCCAGGAAAAGCUUUGGCAAAGGUUUUUUUUUAUUGGGUUGCUGGCACAGCUUGGAGACUGCAGGUUUGGCACUAUGGACUAAUGGAAGUGGCCUGACCGUUCCGUGGAUGUGUACUUUUUUACUUUGGCCACAAGGGGGCGAGAGCCUCAUGUAUGUUGUAUGCUUUUUUUUUUUUUUUUUUUUCUUUCCCAAACCGACACUAAUUCCAGCUGGAGCCGUUCAUCCUUUUCCGGUUUGCCAUUGCCCCUGCUUUCCGUACAUUCCCUCUGCUUAGUUUUUUAUUAACAUUUCUGCCAUGCGGACGGAAUGCAGUGGGUUGAACCCCGCUGAUACCACCCCCCCCCCCCCCCCCCCCCAAAGACAUCAGUGGUGAGGUGGGAGGGGUUAGUAAUCGGCCCCUGUAGAGUGUGUGUGUGUGUGUGUGUGUGUCUGAUACAAAUACUGCCCUCUUUUCAACUCCUCAAGCCAAUGUACAGUACAGACUGAAUGUGCCAAUGCUGGGGGGGCCUGGUUGUGGGGGCGGCGGGGGGGCGGCGGCGGGGGGGUGCGGGACCCUGACUGACGUUUCAAGAGCCACAUUCCUUAAAGCGACAGUCACGCUGCCUGUUUUUAUUUUUUGUUUUUAAGUAAAUAUCAGAUGCAUAUAUAAUGCUAUACAUAUUUCAACAUUGUACACUUCACUUAGGAUUAACACAAAGGGUAACAUUAUAUACUCUCUCUGCGCACACACACCCUCCUACGAGCAGGCCACAGAGGAAGUGUUUUAACAGGAAAUCAGACUGCUGAUAUAGGAUUUCUGUAUUUAUAUAAAAUAAUAUAUUUUAGCACAAAAGCCACUAUUGUACUAGCUUUGUCCUAUAUAACGUGAAGUUUUAUGAAAGUGAGAUGUCUGCCUGUAUGGAGAUGGGACUGGUUACGUCUGGUUUACAGCUCUGGUGGUUUCGGAGCCACGUGGGAGAGAGGGGGGGUCGCGUUAUGCCCCCUUCCCCUGCCCACUUUAUUUUAUAUUACCUGUAUAUGCAAAUGGCCACUGUUUCCAUGGUUUUUAAUGGAAUAUAUAAAUAAACAGUAGGAUUGGAAGGAGGAAAA